CUCUUGGACCGCCCUGAGCAGCGGUCGUCAGUCGCGGCAUAAAUCCGUCGCUUAAAACAAUAGAGCUUGUUGUGGCCCACCAAACGCAACCGCCGUCGACCCACAAAAGCCGCAGCCCUGUAACCCGAUCCAGUCUGAAGCGCUUUCAAGUCAACAACUGGCCCAGGUCUCUGCUCCCUCUCCGGUUCAGUUGGUUUACGUCGGAUUAAGCGUGCAGGCUGUUGAAAUGUUUCGCGCUACGGAAAUCGGCAGCGAAGAAACCCUGCCAGCUCUGGCGGAGCUCAGCCAGGUGGGAUAUGAACGCGAGGCACGGGACGUGGAGUGGAUCGGCUGGAGAGGCGAACAGGCCCAGUUGAAGCGGGCUCAUCGCAGCUCCCUGCCCAAUUAUGGAUUUGCUCCCCCGCCCAUCCGCAUGGAGUACAGGUAUCCACGAGCCGUCUUCUUCGUUCUGGCCACAAAGUUCUUUGAGGCUUUUGCGGCCAACGGCAUUCGCACCGUACUCGCACUCUAUCUGCGCGACGAUCUCAACUUCACGGAAAGUUUUUCCACUGUGGUGCUGCACAUCUUCAACUUUUUUGGCCAGUUUUGCCCGAUCAUUGGGGCCAUCCUAGCGGAUAGCUAUAUAGGCAAUGUGCGUACGAUAUCCGGCUUCAGUUUUAUCUACGCUUUCGGGUGGUUACUGCUCACACUGACAUCCCUGCCUGCCAUGGGGCUUCCGAUGGUCUUGCUGGUGUCCAUCGCUCUUCUGUUUAUCGCCGUUGGCAAUGGAUCGAUACGAGCCUGCAUCACCUCGCUGGGUGCACUGCAGUUCAGGCUGCCGGAACAGAGCGUCCAUCUGGCCGAGUACUUCUCCUUCUACUAUUUCGUCUACUAUUUCGGAAUCUUCCUGAGUAAGAUCCUUCCGCCGCUGGUAAGGGCUAAUACGCAGUGCUUCGACAAGGCGGAAUGUUAUCCGGCCGUAUUCGGCACCCUUGGCGCAGCCUUUUUGAUGGCCUGGAUUAUCUUCCUGGUUGGAAAAUGCUUCUACAAGUCCGAAAAGCUGUCCAAUGACAACAUACUCUUCAAGUUCUGCGGCUGCUUAAAGACCGCUCUUGUCGAGAAGUGGCGACGUCGCAAGUCGCCAAAGCGCUCCAAUUACUGGCUGCACAAUGCAAUUGGAGCCUACGAUAUGGGAUUCGUCAAUGAUGUGUCCAAAGUUUUAAGGAUAUCCAAGCUGUUUAUCCCACUGCCCUUCUAUUUUGCUCUGCUGGCGCAACAGGACUCCAGCUGGACCUUCCAGGCCACCCAGAUGAAUACCACAGUAAUGGGCGUGACCAUCCAACCGGAUCAGGCCAAGGCCGUGGGCCCCAUCUUCCUGUUCAUGCUCAUCCCGCUGUGGCAGUAUAUAACAGUGCCUCUGCUGCGGCGCUACUUCAACUGGGAGCUCCAGCCGCUGCACAGUGUGACUGUGGGUGGGAUUUUCUCCGCCGGCGCCUUUUUCUGUGCGGGCGCCUUGCAGGAACGCAUAAAGAAUUCGCCGCUCCAAACAGUGAACAUCGCUUGGCAACUGCCACAGUUUCUGCUGCUCAUGAUGGGCGAACUACUGCUUUCCAUUCCGGGUCUCCAGUUCGCCUUCACCCAAGCGCCGACCUCUAUGAAGUCGGUGGUUACGGCGGCCUGGUUCCUCAAUAAUGCUUUCGGCAAUCUCAUCGUGGUUCUGGUCACCGAGCUGGGUAUGCUAAGCUCACAGAUGGCCGAGUACUUCUUCUACGCGGUGAUAAUGGUGGUUUGCAUAAUCCUCUAUGCUCUUCUGGCCUUCGAUUACACUCUGCAGGAGCGCAAGGGAGGGCUGUAUGUGAGGAUGGACAGCGAAGGCGAGGACCGGGAUAUGCCCACCACCAGCCGCAGCGGGAGCAUCUAGGAG